UGAAAACUCAUAGUAGCCAUGAUGCAGUAAAAUCUACAGGAAGUAAACCUUACGACAUGCGCCUUGAUGGUCUUUUUGAGUGAAGGACAGGGGUGAUUCGUUGUUUGUUUACUUUGGCUUCACCUAAACGCCUCCUUUAGGGUUAAUAACCCUAGAUCCAUCCUUCCAGAGGUCAUCACCAGCGUCAAAUACUCUCAUCAUGCCACCUCGACGAAGUGCACGCUCGGUGAGCAGAAGGAGCUCUCCUCUCUCGGCUCGGGUCGCUCUUCCAGCUACCAGCAAUGAUGCGACGCAGAGCCAACGAGCCACAAGAUCCUCAAGUCGCGAAGUCAACACUGCACAACAACAGCUGCAGAACAUCACCAAUGUCCUGCAACCCGUCAGUGAAGAUCUUGAAUCGCAGGAUGUAGAUGAACUCGAUGACCCCGACGACCCCGACGAUUCUCUUUCGCGGGUAACCAGUUCUUCGGGGACGCGGAGUCAGCUCGCCGACCUGGACCGGGAGGCCAUAAUUGAAUUCCUCGUGGACCUCUAUGACGAUUCGACAAAGCUGAUCGUUCUGUUUGAAGGCCUCGAUGACAACGAACUGCGAGAACAAUGCGAAAGAAUACGGCAACCACAGUCAAUACAGCGGCGACGCUUCGAAGGCCGAGAGAAACACCUGCUGACCAGCGGAGAGCCCUACGUGAGCGUCGACUUCAUCAGAUUCGAUCACAUCCUCAUGAAGAUCGCUGAACUCGCUCGUUCAGAUGAUCUGGAAAGUCUGGGCGAUGGCGACUGGCGACCGGAUCCGGUUCUCUACCUUGCAAAUCUUGCUGUACAAUUGCUCAAAGUCUUCAGCCUGUCACCUGAUGAUCGCGCUAACUACGUCCACUACAUGUACCAGAGCUUCCCAAACCUAUUUGCAGGCAAACGGUCCUUCCCCAUCGAACCAGAGCUAUUCGAUAGUACUGUCGACCUGAGCAUUGAUAUUCUUACCCAAUUCUUUAUACAGGACGCAGCUGGAAGUGCAACCGAGGCGGCAUUCGAUCCGGACGAACUUGCGAACAUGAUAUUUUUGGGAGUUGAUGAAGAGCCGAGUAAGGCCUUCCCACACACAACCACCCGGGAAAGGUCCGUGAAACGUCUGCAGUCGAUCAGAGAGCAUUUCAGUACGGAUCCACAACAUGCUGUGGACUUCGGCGCUCUCAGGCAGCAGUUCUCUUGGUCUGACUUUCUUUUCUCCGUGGUCAAGUGGACAGUCGCUCGCAAGGCCCAGAUACAAGAGGCCAUCAAGGCCAGGGGAGGCGUCGAGGGGAUUCAGGAAAGGCUGCGCUCCGGGGAUUUCUUGCAUGAUGCAGACUUACUGGCAGGAGCUAGCCCUGAACCUGGGUCAGCUGCAAGUACAGGCGAAGAUGACGUGGUUGUUACUGGUAAGGUGAUAGAAACACCGCUGCGACAAACAACUUGGAAAGGUCCCGCAACCGGCAAAUCCCUGCGACUCGAGUCACAUAGACUCAAGGAGCUUAGACAAAAGUGGGCUGCCCGCACAUCCGGCCUCAGUGCCGAUCCCGUACUGGACGACCCUCCGGAGACCGAACGAGUAAUACCCCAAUCACCUACGCCGGUCGAGCAAGCUGAGGACGAGCCCGCUGGUGCAGACGAGGAAGUUGAACAAGUGGAAAGGAUAGAAGAAGUGCCUGCAGACGCAGUAUAUGGGGAUGGCGAAGCCGAAGAACAAGUGGAACUGGAUGAAGGGAAUGACGAGCCCGAGGAACCGACUGUGAGACCUGCUGAGGAAGAGAUCGUUCCCACACAACAGACACAAAUAAUCAUGGCAACACUUCGUAGGCAGCAAGAACAAAGCGAAAAGGAGAACAAGCAACAAGGACCCAUGGCAAGUCAAAAAUCAACACAGCCUUCCAAGAAACGUUCUUUGCUUGACCGCCAGGCGAAUGCACAGAAGGUCCCAUGGAGCGAAGUACCUGAGGAACCAUCGCCCCCUCCUGCUAGACCUCACAAACGUCUAAGGACAGGGUCUUCGCAUUCAGAGGAUUCAGAGGAUGACGACUUUCAAGUAGACACGCGUAUAGCGCAAGUCCUCCGAUCCAGCGCAGAAGGUAGCACCCGCCGAAGACCAGCACCGCUCAAUCCCAUCCGAGAACGACUACGACCUGCUGUCGAAGAGAGUAUCCACCGCGCUCUACCACCACGAACAGCACUCUCAUCGAAUCCUCAACGACACACCACCCUACCAUCAGCAUCGCAACCAUUGCAAUCACGAUCCAGCACACAACCACAGAAAGCACAAAGACCGGUUCAAUCAAGCCGUCCCACUCCCGAAACCCGCCUGCCUGCUUCCACUGCUCCAGUACACUCUCUAGCAUCAGCGCCUCGAUCUCCACCUCCGCCGAACGUUGACUACGAACGCAUCAAUCGCGAAGCAAAGCUCAAGACCCAGCAAUACAGAAUGUUAAAGGGACCGAAGAUCCAAGCCCGCAAAUUCUGGGAAGUGGAUGAAUGCCAGCGUUUGAUCGAGCUCAUCGAAUUGUGCAGCACCAGUUAUUCGAGGAUCUUGAGUGAAGACUUGGCUCAUCCCGAUGGACCGCUAUUGCAGUCCAGAAAUCAGGGCCAAUUAAAGGACAAGGCGCGGAACAUGAAGAUGGAUUAUUUAAAAGCGCGACAACGUCUCCCGAUAAACUUCGAGCACGUCGGCAUUGGCCAACGACUGGUCGACCAGCUGAAGGAACAGGGUAUCGACUAUGUCCAGGGACGAUUUGAGGGUCAAACCCCCCAAGACGAUGGUCUGGAGGAUUUCGACGAAUAAGAAUUGUCCUCACUAUUGUCUUUUGAUGCUUCAGGGAUAACGGUUGGCCUCGGAAAAGGGACAUGUUUGCAAUAGCGGGAUAAUGUUGGACAGCGUAGGCGCAGGAGGGAUUGCUUCA